UUUCAGUACAAAUUCCAAUUUCCCUCUGCAAAACCUAACCCUAUCUUCAAAAGUUUUCUCUCCAUCUACACAAGAUUCUUCUUCUUCUUCAACCUCAAAUCCUCUGUUCUUCUCUCACGUCGACACAUUCUCUUUGCUCGAAUUCAUUUGCUCUGCAAAAUCGGUGAUAGAAUCCCAAAGGUGAAUUUAGUCUCUGAUUCUUCGUUUCGAUUUCAGUGCCGCCUCUUCCCCAAAUGAGCCGACAGCAACUGUAUAGGGACUCGGACGUUACGGAGAUGUCUUCCAACAGCUUGUGGGUAGGCAACUUGUCCAUGGAUGUCACGGAUACGGAUCUCAUGAAUAUGUUUGCGCAGUUUGGGGCGAUUGAUAGUGUUUCUUCCUAUCCUUCCAGGAGUUACGCUUUCAUCUUCUUCAAGCACAUGGAGGAUGCUCAAGCGGCUAAGGAGGCUCUUCAAGGGGUUAUUCUGCGUGGGAGUUCAAUCAAAAUCGAGUUUGCGAGACCGGCCAAACCUUGUAGGAAUUUAUGGGUAGGCGGUAUUAGUCCAGCUGUUUCAAGGGAACAACUUGAAGAAGAGUUUUCCAAAUUUGGUAAAAUUGAUGAAUUUAAGUUUUUGCGAGAUCGGAAUACUGCAUUUAUUGAGUAUGUUCGGUUAGAAGAUGCAUCACAAGCUUUGAGAAUCAUGAAUGGGAAACGCAUUGGUGGAGACCAGAUUCGAGUUGAUUUUCUUCGAUCACAGCCGAUGAGAAGAGAUCAGUGGCCCGACUCCCGAGAUGGGCAUGGGCAGCUUCAGGGUAGAAAUGUGGGGAUGGCUGAUUUCCAAUCUGGUUAUAAAAGACCUCUGCAUACUCAAUCUUCAGAACUACGUAGAGAUGGACCUCCCAGCAAGGUUUUGUGGAUUGGUUACCCUCCAUCUGUUCAAAUUGAUGAACAAAUGCUCCACAAUGCGAUGAUUUUAUUUGGUGAAAUAGAGAGAAUUACGAGUUUCCAUUCUAGGCAUUUUGCAUUUGUAGAAUUUAGAAGUGUUGAUGAAGCGCGGCGUGCUAAGGAGGGUCUACAAGGACGGCUUUUUAAUGAUCCUCGGAUUACUAUUAUGUUUUCAAACAGUGAUCCGGCACCUGUGAAAGAGCACCCUGGCUUUUAUCCUGGUGGUAAAGAGACUAGGCCUGAAAUGUUCUUCAAUGAGCAUCAAAUCCGUCCUCCACAAAUGGACAUGUUAGGACAUCCUCACCCAAUGGUGCAAAAUAAGUUCCCUGGUCCAUUGCCAGCUAAUGGCAUUCUUAGACCAAAUACAGCAGUAAGACCACCACCCUUUGGUCCUCCACAGGGUAUCUCAGGCCCUCCUGAGUUUAAUGACUUCACGACAUCGCAUGGUUUCCAUGAUGCAAAUUCAAAAAAUGUGAUGGGUCCAAAUUGGAGAAGGCCAUCUCCUCCUGCACCUGGGAUACUUUCUUCUCCAGCUACUGGUAUUCGUCCACCUCCACCUGUGAGGUCCACUCCAAAUUCAUGGGAUGUUUUGGAUGUAAACCAAUUCCAAAGGGAUUCUAAACGAUCAAGGAUAGAUGGGCCAUCAUCCUUAGACGAUGCUUCUUUUCCUCCAAGAAAAAUGGAUAACCGGGGCAUGGGUUUUGAUCAGCAAUAUGGGGUUGGUCCAUUAAAUGAUGGAGGAUCUUCUGUCUCAUAUACCAAUGCUCCUGUGAAGACCCGUGCUAUUCCUAUAGGUGCAAGGGCACCAGUUAGUGGCCAGAGCCAUGGUGACAAUGAUUUUAUAUGGCGUGGAAUAAUUGCCAAGGGUGGAACGCCUGUUUGUCAUGCUCGUUGUGUCCCCAUAGGCGAAGGAAUAGGAAGUGAUCUUCCUGAAGCAGUCAAUUGUUCAGCAAGAACUGGGCUGGAUCAGCUUGCUAAACAUUAUGCUGAAGCCACUGGAUUUGACAUUGUCUUUUUCUUGCCAGACAGCGAGGAUGACUUUGCAUCCUAUACAGAAUUCCUGCGUUACCUAGGUGCAAAAAACCGUGCAGGUGUUGCUAAGUUUGAUGAUGGAACUACAAUGUUUUUAGUUCCUCCUUCAGAGUUUUUGAGAAAAGUCUUGAAAGUUGCGGGCCCAGAACGGCUUUAUGGUCUCAUUCUCAAAUUUCCCCAGGUUCCUCUUAGUGAACCGACUCACCAGCAGUCCUAUCUACCCAUUCCUACAUCUGACUAUGGUGAGAGACAGCAAGUCUUGUCUUCACGAGCUGAAUACGGGUCAGUGCUUUCAAAGCAGGAGCAACUUCUUCCAAUGGAUUAUAAUAGGGUUCUGCAUGAGGAAACCAAGGAACUCCCGAAACCCCUUCUGCCUGCAAGUGAGCCACCAUCUGUUCAGUCCUUGCCUCAUGAGUAUGUUACUAACAAUAAUACGGCUGCAGUCUCACAAGCUGGGUUAUCAUUAACACCAGAGCUUAUUGCCACCUUAGUUUCUUUACUGCCUGGUAAGACACAGUCAUCCAGUUUAGAAAGUGCCAAGCAACCAGCCAUCUCACCACAGCCUCCAAUGCCUACUGUUGAUUCGAAUAAAGGGACUACAUCUGAGGGAUGGAUUGUAGGUCAUCAAUCUUCUGAGUUAACCGGUCAGCCAUUUCAGCAAAUGGAAAAUCAUUUUAAUUCUCAGGGACAAAGUCUUUCUCAAUUUCAGCCUUAUCCACCUCUCCCACAAACACCAAACCAGCAUGCACCACAGAUCAUGGGAGCAACCCAAAUUCAAGAUGCUGCUGUCGGUCUGCCACAGCAGCAGCAUGUACCUAUUCCUUACAGGCCUUUGUCUACUUAUUCUGCCCCUCCUGAGAAUGCACAAGCUUCUAGUUUGCCCUUUGUCAAUCCUCAGUAUCAGCAUGAUGUUUCUCAAAUUAACCAGAGAGGUUAUGGGUCAGUCAAUGAAGUUGAUACUUCUGGGUAUGGUGCACCAGUCGUGCAGCAAUCAACGAAUACUGCGACCUUAUCUAAUCAAGGUCAGGGUUCUACAUCACAGCCACAACCUGUUACACAUUUAGCAUCUGAUAGGGGGAACCCUGAGCUUCCUUAUCAGAUGGAGCAUCUCCAAUCUGCAAACCUUGGUGCUGGCAAUGGGACCAGUGAUGUUGAGGCCGGUAAGGACCAGAGAUAUCGAUCUACGCUACAAUUUGCUGCAAAUUUACUCCUUCAGAUCCAGCAGCAGCAGCAGCAGCCACAGCAAGCAGGCUGGGGUUCAGGAAAUCAAUAAUGAGCAGCUCUUUGUCUAGGUAAUCCUCUGUACUUGACUUUUAAUCUUCUUGGUGGCCAAGAUCUUUCAGUGGAUAUUUGCAUAUAAUAUCUGAUUGGUUUGUGAUUUUCUAUUUAAAUGCAAGUUCCUGUAGUUGGCUGAAUAGAAUAUGUUCUACUUCUUAUGACAUAGGGUUCGUUUAGCUUCUUUUCUUAUGGUUGGUUGGUGAUACAUUAUGCAGUACUUCAACUUUGCGAUUCUGGUUAAGUUGUUGCACAAGUUUUUAUGAUGUCAAUUGGGUGCUAUGGCGGUCAUUUUGCUGCAUAAUCUAGUUAGCUUCUUUGAGGUUCUUUCUUCCUAGGUAUUUGGUUAGGAAUUUGUGGGGUCUCUAGCUUCUCUCUCUUCUUUUUGCUUUUCAAUACAGAUGAUGACUUAGGUGUAGUUAAGUAGGCGAUGGGGAGUGAUAACAAGGCCCUCCAAGUUCUCCAUCUAGAUACAAGAAAUAGCCAAGUCUUGAAUUUGGUCAAAUUCCAAGAUGUACAAGUAUCUACCACCUAGGGAAUUGACGUUUUUUAACCAGAAACUUUUUUCAUUCAGCAAGUUGGGAGAUCGAUUGAUUGGUGGUUUGUUCAUUGUUGAACUAAAAUCUAGUCAAGAUUUCAAGAACUGGUUUUAGGAAGUUGUAAAUAAACACGAGUUGUAACUAAAAACACUUGGUUUUUCUAAAAGCAGAGAAAUGUCGUAGAAGGCGGUUAAAUUAAAUGAGCUGGGUUGGUUGAGUUGAAUCAGAUGUUUAUGGAUUGAUUUGGUGGCAGUGGCAUAGUCUUUACCUUCAGUGAUAAUUUUGAGUUUGGGAGACGGUAGUUAUAUAUUAUGUUUCCAUUGAUAGAAGACUCUUAAUUGUGCAUAUCAUGAACCGUUCUUAUCAGAACCAAGUCCUAUUAUUCUUUGAGAUACAUAUUAUUAAUCUUCUGCUGAAUGCAUCUUGAUUGGUAUCACACAUUGAAACUGGUGGCAGUGGCAUAUUCUUUACAUUCAAUGAUAAUUUGAGUUUGGGAGACAGUAGCACCUUUUCUUUCAUUAUUUGUGCUUAGUUCUUUAAUAUCUGUAAAACUAUGUGUAAGCAGGAAUUUGUUUUGAGGGUAGUAAAAUGUUUAGUCUUGUAUAAUACUUUUAAUGUUUAGCUGACAUUCUUUUCCCUUACCUUAA